GUACCAGCGAAGGUGUCUUUCGAAACGGUGAACAUUUCAGUCCCAAAGUUCGAAAGCAUAGUACUGCCAACAAACCAGCAUUGCAUACGUUAUUUUUUUUUAUUUAAUUUUUUUUCUACACAACGAACCCACCCUAGGACCAGGACUUGAUUGAGAGGUCAGUUGUCAUUUCAGCGCAAAUGGCCUCCAAGGGCAUGUGGGAGGUCGACCCGGAGACUCGAUCAAAGCUCCUCGCGAUCCAGAAAGAGUCCAAGAAUAGCCUAUGCUGCGACUGCGGCGCGCCGUCUCCGCAGUGGGCGUCGCCCAAGUUCGGCAUCUUCAUCUGCCUGUCAUGCGCUGGCGUGCACCGAGGCCUGGGCGUGCACAUCUCGUUUGUGCGGUCCAUCUCGAUGGACGCGUUCAAGGCAGCCGAGAUUGAGCGGAUGCGGCUCGGGGGCAACGAGCGGUGGCGCGAAUUCUUUGAGAAGCACGCCGACACGGAGCUGAGGGGAAUCUCGUGGGACGACGCCACCAUUGCGGAGCGGUACGGCGGCGAGGCCGGCGACGAGUACAAAGAGCGCCUCAGCGCGCUGGUUGACGGGCGCGAGUACGUUCCCGGGGAGAAGAAGAAGGCUGCUCCUGCCGAAAACAACAGGUCGAGCGCGCAGCUUGGUGGCUCUGCGGACGGGGUGAAGAAUGGUGGUGGUGGUGGUGGUGGGAGGUUCAGGGACGAUCCAUCGCUGGGUGGCAGCAGGUCUGAGAGCCCGAGCGGCGGUGCGACGAGCGGAGGCAAGACGAGGGUGGACGACAAGUACUUUGCCAGACUCGGAGCCGACAAUGCAUCGAGGUCGGAGGACCUGCCUCCGAGCCAGGGCGGCAAGUACGCCGGGUUUGGAAACACGCCUGCGCCUGCGCCGGGAGGAGCCGGCGGCAACGCGGCUCUCCCCUCAAUGGAUGAACUGCAGAACAACCCUGUGGCCGCGCUCUCCAAGGGCUUUGGCUGGUUCGCAUCAACCGUCACAAAGACUGCCACUACAGUGAAUAAUAAUUAUAUUCAGCCAACUGCAAAACAGAUCGCGGAUUCGGACUUUGCAGCACAGGCUCGCGUUACUGCAGGUACGGUCGGACGAGCAGCGCAACAAGGAGCCAAGACCGCACAAACCAGCUUCAACCGAUUCGUCGAGGGGCCAGACAGUCGGCAACAAUAUCAGCAGGUCCGGCAGGUCCCGAUCGACGAGACCCGCAAAGGGUUCUGGGAUGACUUUUCCGACAUCCCUGAACAACAGCAGAAGCAGCAGCCGAAGCCAAGCUCCAUUGGCACCGCGGCCAUGGGCAAGGGUGGCAGCGGCGGCGCGGGAGGGUCUGGAGGUGCUUCGGCUAGCCAAACGGCCAAAAAGGAUGAAUGGGAUGAUUGGUAGUCAAGAUAAAAAUUCUUGGCUGGGAGAUGUUGGGAUGGGUGGUUUAGAUGGGGGAUGUGGGAGAGGAUGCGAGAGCUGCCCUGGGGCCCUCGUGUGGAGAGUGAUAGACAUAUCUUUGCAGACUUUAUCAGCGUAUUUAUUUUAUUUGCACAUUCA